AUGACGUUUCUGAUGUCACUACAGGUCAGUCUCCCUCUGCAUGGUCUAAAAUGCAACAUCCCUUUAAACAUGGCUCCAGACUCUGUUGAUGACUCCUACAAGGGCUGUGAGGAGAAGAUGUUCAGGAAGGUGCAUGACUAUUACCUGCGAAAAGAGAGACUAAAUAACAAAGAUUUCAACCAGGCUUGGACCGAUGCUGAGGCCCGUUACAAACCAAAACCGAACAGAGCACUGAAUAAAAUCUAUUCCCUGGCAAUCCAGGUGUAUGUGACUGAAUACUCCCAAAUGUACAAGUCAUUCAACGAGGCCACUCGUACCCAAAAGAAGAGCUACAACACAACAUUCAAGUACCACUCCCUGCACUUCCUUCUGACCAAUGCCUUACGAAUCCUGAACAAGAAAAACAAGCGUUUCCAAACCUUCCGAGGAACCAACGUGUCUUUCCACGGAGUCCGAAAUACUGAAAUGCGAUUCGGACAGUUCACCUCGAGCUCUUUAGACAAGAAAAUCGCUGGUGAACACUUUGGAACUCGCUGCUGUUUUGAGAUCAUCCCCUACUUUGGUGCCCCACUGGUGGGGUACUCUCAGAUGGCUCAUGAGAAGGAGGUGCUAAUUCCCCCCUACGAGGUGUUCAAAAUUACAGAGGUGCUGAAGAGAACAGACAAGAAAGACCUCUGGUGUGACGUCGUCUACAAACUGCAGAGUACUAAGAAAGGAAAAAGUGACCUGAAAUGCAAGAUGGUUGGAACACUCCAAGGAGAAUAA